AUGGCGCCGCAUAAUCACCCCUCCGCCUCCGAUGCCGGUUGCAUACCAGAGGACCAUCGCUGCAGCCCUGCCGGCUUGGAAGGGAAGCGUGCCGACGAGUUUUUCGAUCAUGUACAUGCCGAAAAUGGCAGUAUGUACGAGGCUCUCAGCGCGACAGAACAGAAGAAAGUAACUCGCCAGGUAGACCUUCGACUUUUGCCAAUCCUGGGUCUCAUGUACUCUAUCUCGCUGAUCGAUCGAACCAACUUGGGCCUUGCUCUUGUCGCUGGUAUGCAGGAGGAGCUUGGGCUCGCUGUGGGAAAUCGGUAUACUGUCAUUGUCAUGGUUUUUUUUGUUGCGUAUAUUCUCUGCGAGAUCCCCAGCAACCUCAUCCUUCCCAAAGCAGGCCCGGCAAAUUGGCUCGCGUUUCUGGGUCUAAGUUUUGGGGUUAUCCUUAUUGGAAUGGGCUUCACCCACCACUGGGGUACAAUGGCUGUCUGCAGAGCUCUUCUUGGAGUGAUGGAAGCUGGCUUUCUGCCAGGAUGUACUUAUCUUAUCACCUGCUGGUAUACCCGUUUCCAAGUAGGCAAGAGGAUGUCUGCCUUUUGGAUUCUCUCGGUCAUCGCGAGCGGUUUCGCCAAUAUCUUAGCCUUUGCCCUCAGCAAACUUGGAGGCCAGGCCGGACUGAGCGGUUGGAGAUGGAUCUUUAUCAUUGAAGGUGCUGUCACCUGUGCAGUCUGCAUUGCGGGCCGGUUUAUCAUUGUCGACUUCCCUAGCAGGGCGCACAAGUUUCUGAGUCCCUCUGAACAGGAAUUUAUCAUUGCGCGACUCAACAGUGAUCGCGGAGAUGCAGUCGAAGAUAAGAUCACCAUGGCUGUAGUCUUAACUCAUCUUAAGGACUGGAAAUUAUAUUUUUGGGCCUUUAACUUGAUGGCUUCGACUUUACCAGGUUAUGCAUAUAGCUACUUCCUCCCUAUUAUUCUUCGCGAUGGCAUGGGGUAUAGCCGGACAAACUCAAUGCUGCUAAGCGCGCCACCCUAUGUUCUUGCUGCUGUCAUGGCCCUGUUCUCUGGAUGGUUAGGCGAUCGAUUGAAGAUGCGAGGCCCCAUUAUUGCAAUACACCAGUUGAUCACAGCCGCGGGUAUGCUGACCACUGUGUAUGCGAAUACAAAUGCAGUCAGGUACUUUGGCGCAUUCCUCGGCCUCGGUUUCCUCCAGUUCUGUGUUCCAGGAGUUCUAUCAUUUCAGGCCAACAAUAUCACAUCUCACUCCAAGAGGGCAGUGGCCUCGGCGACUUGCCUCAUUGGUGGUGGCACAGGUGGCAUCAUCGCUAGUGUCGUGUUCAUGGCCAAGGAGAGCCCUCUCUAUACCAGCGGCGUGUGGGUAACCUUCGCAAUGUCGAUGAUAAGCAUUGCCUUAAUCAUCAUCAUGGACCUGUACUUUGUUCGGCGGAACAAAGCAGCCCGGGAGGCUGGGCGCCUGAAUGAGGGUAUGGAUGGGUGGAUGUACACCCUUUAA